AUGUCACAGCGAGCUGACGUGUCCACAGGUAAGCUGCUGUCUGUCCUCAGUCGUCACUAUCAGGACGUCACCUGUCUGAAGUUUACAGACGACGGCAGCCAUUUUGUUUCUGGAGGAAAAGACAACCUGGCUCUGGUGUGGAGUCUGUUCAGUGUGAUCCAGCUGGAUUUAAGCCACACCCCCGAACCGCGCCACAUCCUGUCCCGUCACUCUCUACCAAUCACAGACCUGCACUGUGGCAUGAUGGGAGCUCAGGCCAGAGUCGCCACGGCAUCCUUAGAUCAGACUGUGAAGUGUUCUGUGAGGAGAACAGCCUGUACAGCGCAGUGGACACAAUAA